AUGAUCGAAGAAAGGGAGCUGACAGGCGUUACAAGACCAAGCUUUGAGGAAUCCAUGAUGCGCAGCGCUCACUAUCAGGUCGCGGGCUAUGAGAAUGACGAAAACGCCGAAUCGUCACAGUUACGUUCGCAGAACUGCCCCGGUCAAUGCCUGGAUGGUCGGAAGCGGAGUGGUCGAGUCUACAAUAAACGCUUUGGACAGGAAACCAUCGAAGCUUUCAGUGGUUCACUUGGUAUCAGCUAUUGGAUUCCCGAGAACGUCUCUGAGGUUGGGAUGCUACGUCUUUCAGUGAGUUCUCACUUUUCGGGAGAAAAGGUUCGAGACAUUUAACUAACAGUUUUCAGUGAACUGGAGCUCUUCGGAUGGCUGUUUUUCUUCAGACAAUCGUUUUUCCCGCCUAAAAUUAUCACAACUCAAGGGCAAAACGGAAAUGUUGUUCAGAAGAUGGAAUCGAAGAGAAAGUCUGCGCAACCUGCGACGAAAGGGUAAGGGUAAGGAUGCCUCAUUCCGACAUUAAUUAUUUUCUUACGGGAGAGGAAAGAGGAAUAAGUAGAUUCAAAAUUUCGUACAAAUUUGCAGUGCAAACAUUUACCUCCGAACUUAGGAAGAAAUCAGUUUACUCGUAGUAAUUUAGGUGUGUUACUAGUUCGUUCAAGUGAGCUGAUCGAUAAUCGCGGAAAAAGUUAUACUUUGGGAAAACGUUUUGUCAGCCUCGACUUCUAACGUUAAAACAACCAUGUCACUGUCUGAGCCCCUGAGCGGAACUAUGUACGACACUGACAAAGGCAUGCAGCAUCUACAGAAAAUUAGGCCGUGUGCUUUAUCCACGGGUGAAAAUCCCGACAACCUGACUCCACAUGCCAACAUCCACAGCCUGAAGAAAGUCUUCGAACCUUCUGGGGCCGAGGGCGGAGACCAGCUGACUUCAGGAAGAUGGAAAUCAUCCUCAACCAACCCUUACUUAAAGCUUAAGUCGGUCGCAGCAUGAAAUGUCAGUGAGACUGAACGAUCAAAAUUCUCAUUGGCGUUGUGGUGGCAAUAGACACAGCCAACGAGGAAGGUUAACUUAUUUUUUAGAGAAAAUUAGAGCCAGCAGCUGCCUUUUACCACAGGAAAAUGUGGGAGGUCCAGUGGCAGAAAUGCAAGUGCUUGCGUAUCGUAGACGCAACUGUCCCCACCACUGCUGUCCUGACGAUCAUUUCGAAUGCAAGUGUAGCCUAGGAGAGGGAGUUCGAAGUCAGCAACAAAAGCUGUUGCCCAUGUCUCAGUUACUAGGACAAUAUAUGGAAAGCGGACAAAUAUCAGAGUCUAAUGAAAGGGCAUCUUAUUUAACAAGGAUAUGGCAUUUAAAACGAAAAGUUUGAGGGGAAAGAGAAUUUGUUUCUAAAGGAGGUGGGCUAUUUUGUCCAGUGAUUGACUGCCCACGGAAAAUGCGGUCUGGAUGCACCUAUCUUGCUCUGCAAAGCAGUCAGUGGCAUCAAAAUAUCUUGACGUGAAUAAAAAGGAGGCGAAUUUACGGGAGAAAAUGACGGACAGGUAAUCUGACUACUACUGUUAACUGGCUGGUUUUCUAGUGGAAAUCCACGGGCCGGAUACUAUAACCUAUUUCCGUCGGAGUGAAACUGAGGAAAGUGUGAGUUAACUGACACAUUAUGGAAAUUAGAAUGAGGAAUGCAUUGGUCAAACGGCCGAGGAGGAAAAAUUACGGGGAUGAGGAACACACUGCUUCUAUUGGGGCAGGAAUACUAUUCAAAGACGGAAAUGUCGGCAUAUUCGGAUUAACCGCUUCGAUAUGACAUGCGGGGGUAGUUGGAAACACGCUUUAUUUGGGGCCGUGGUGUCUGAAGCAUAGGCAGGAGAUCGUAGAGGGAAAAAAUUUCUCGAAGGAACUAGAUUUACCUGUUGUUCGGGUGGCUAAAACGUUACUCGGGUUUGCCUUUGAAUUAGGCGUCAGCUAAGGUUUUCUAGGUUUUGCGGGGGAAGUCGUAGGGGUGUUUGUUCAGGAGGCGUUUUGUUGCGUUUAAAGAUCUCAGCACCAAGACUCAUCCAGUUCCCUACGGAAUAAACUAUGCUGUUACGUAGUGGGACCUCAGCUGAUGUUGAAGAAGACUUAUUCAGACUGACGAUAGGUGUCAUUAUGUCGGUGAUCGCUUUUGACAAUUUCAGUUUGUCCAGCCUUCGCUGUAUCGACGUGAGGUCCGGCAAAACUGAGCAGUGCCAUUUACGGCAGAAAUCUUUAGUUAUGUCCCACCUCGACAAGAUGGAGUCGUUUUCCAUCAAAGGGAAAAGAAAAAACAGCAUCGGCGCAUUACGGCUGAGAUAGCGCAGUCGUUCAGCUUGUGCAACACCGAAACCCAGGCCACAACUUUUCAGGAACAAAUGUGCCCCCUCUAUAACAGAUAUGUGAUUGAGAAUGUUUCGCAGUAUAACAUUAUGUUCACGUUUUAUUCUCCCCUCAGUUUCGGGGCCUUUUUCUGCAAUAUCUUUAAACGCUUGUUUAAUUACUUUUUUUAGAAGUGUCGCUUGUAUCGCAUAUAUCAACUGAUCUAGUAUUUCGUCGGAUGAUGUUCUCUUAUGACUAUCAGAGGCGUAAUUUUGAAUAUUUAUAAAGUCAAGUAAUUAUAAAUGGACUAAUGGAAUUUUUAAGUUAACCAUAUGCAGAGAAAGGUAGCGAACACAUGCUGGCACCCGCUGUGCCUUUGGCCACGAUUGCAGCACUCAGAGACGGCGGGAAGUCAGUGAGCUUUCGUCUUUUAUCACGUGUUUUCCGGGGAAUUACAGCAUACACGAUAGCUUUUCGUUGCAGCACAAGGGUCGAAGCGUUCCUAACGUACAAUAAAGCGCACAGAAUAACAAAUGCUGCUGUUUAUUUGCUACAAAACUAUAAGGAGACUGUCUUACACGACGUCCUUAAAAAUUCGCCUUGUGAAAUGCGGCUACUUUGCCAGACCGUCCAACCAGACUAAGAAAAAUCGUAGUUAGCAAUACAAAGCGACUUUUCAAAAGAAGUUAAAUAAAUAAUAGGCAUUUUUUAACCUAGGAAAAUAUAAGGAAAGCAAAGUUUCACUUGUUAUCUGAGAUUGAGCAGCGGGCCUGGAAUUUGACCUUAGCUAAGUAACACUAAUUAAUCAGUCAGUGCCCUAACGAACACCCACAUGGUGAGACAUCGGAAAAAACAUUUGAUUUGCUCUAGGCAUUGGCGUUCGUGAGCAACAAUGAAUAGUUACACGCAGCAAACAAUUUAAACGAAAACACUAAUCUUGAUGCCGCAUUGCUUGCUUUCGUCAUAGUUUUUCAACAUUAAUUUGCAUUUGAAGACGGUUUUUAUCACUUAAAAGAAACGUCAUUUUUUAAAUGACAGUUCGACCAUCGGUUUCAAUGAUGUCCACCGUGUGCCCCACAGUUGCAGCAGCAAUGGGAGCAGGGACGGUGACUUACGCAGGGGUUUAUAGUGCAGGUAGACUUGCAUAGCAUCUACCUACACUCUCUCCUCCUCCCUCGCCCGAGCCCGGUGUCAAGACAGAGUCAAGAAGACCGGAGACGAGGGGGGCCGCAGGUGGAUGGCUCGGACGGAUCCUCACCUUGGCGUUCCACCACACCCCCUGGUCCACACAACAAAUGACCAGGAUAUCAACCAACAACAGAGAUUUGGAGGCUGGCACGACCGAAGCCGCACCUGGGCGUGCCACCAACGCCUGGUUCGGAUCCCACACUGUGAUGGGAGUGACAUAAAGGCCAUAUUAAAAAGGAGCCAUUGCACCCUGACUCUCAGACCGCCUCCAGUCAAGGAGGAGGCCCAAGUUACCCCGUCAGUUGGCAACCUUCCAAGCCACGGCUUUUAGCGCACCGUGAUAGCAUCAAGCGCGUCAGAUGGUUUAUAGUGAGGAGGAAGUACGCUGAGUCGUCGACCUCACUCUCCCUUCCCACUCCCACACCCCAGCCGUUGUCCGAGCCGGUCAGCAGACUGGAGUGGGGAAUGGGCGCGGUGGCUGUCAUGGUCGACUGACCAUGACUGCGCGCGCCACGAGCACGACCUGGCCCCCCAUACACACAACACCAGGAUUUCACACAACGGGGGUUGAACGGCGUGUCUCUCACUUGCGUGAGAGUGACGUGGAAGGUGCUGUUUCAGCCCGUCGCCAGCCCACCAGUCCGCCACGCCACACAACACACACAAAACGGGAUGAACUGCGUGGACCGAGUGGGGGCGUCAAUCAGCAACCCUUCUAUCCACGACGCUUGACGUGUCGGGAUAGUCUCGGACCCAAGUCAGCGGUGGGUUCACGUGGCUGUGGUGGUCGCUCACUUGCUGGCAGGUGAGACUACGCCUAGCGUUCACUUGCUGGCACUCAACUCUCAAUGUGGCUCCACGUAGCUGGGCUCUGCUCAGCGGCCACACCCCGGACAACCGUCUCGACCGGCGGGCUAAACCAGGUGAGGGGGCCCUGUGCGCUGUGCCGUGUGCGCAGGGUUUGCGGAUUCCGCUGGAUGGAAGGUCGGAUGAAACCUUGCGUCGGCACCGUCGUGACGUGGUUCGUCUCUGCACGCCGCUGGACAGCCGGUGACGGGAUGGAUCUCCACAUCGAUAUUGCCUUAACGCGCCCACCUACGGCGUCGGAGACCGCGGAUUACGGCGAAUUCGAGUCGCUCUCCACUACAACCCGAAGUCCUGGCCCCAUAGCGGAGUUCGGCCGUGCCACAACGGCACAUGGCAGCCCUAUUCAGGGAUGGCACUGCCAGUCCCCACGAGGGGAAGGGCCCAGAAAAGGUGGCCUAAACAUAGCUGGGCACCACGCCGUCUUCAGGCUAGCCAGGGCCGUAGACGUCUAAACAUGGUCGAAACAGUCAAAAGCGAAACAACAACAAUACCUAUAACAACAACAACAACAAUACUCGCUCACCUCCUCAUCCUACCUCUUCUUUCUCUUCCUCUGCCUAUUCUUCUGCCUACUCUUCUCCUUCGCCAUCUUCUCCACCUCCUUCCCGUCGCCCCACUCGUUGUCACCAGACUGGCAGGGUGAGUCCGCUCACUCUGGCAGCCUGGAAUGUUCGUUCCCUUUUCGACAAUCCGAGGAGCAACCGACCGGAACGAAGGACGGUGCUAGUGGCACGGGAACUGGCGCGCUACAAGGUGGACAUCGCCGCAUUCAGCGAGACCCGAUUCUUCGAACAAGGCCAACUGGAUUAGGUGGGUGCCGGCUACACCUUCUUCUGGAGCGGUCGACCCAAGGCAGAGCGACGAGACGCGGGUGUCGCCUUCGCCAUUCGGAACGACAUCAUGAGACGACUGCCCUGUUUGCCGCAGGGCAUCAACGAUCGUCUGAUGAGCCUCCACCUGCCUCUCCGACGAGAAGGCAAAUACGCCACCAUCAUCAGCGCCUACGCUCCGACGAUGACCAACCACGAAGCCGUCAGAGACGAAUUCUACGAGGACCUGCACGCCCUCUUGGCGACUGUGUCGAAGGCGGACAAGUUGAUUGUCCUUGGUGACUUCAACGCCCGCGUCGGCACAGACCAUACUGCCUGGAGAGGAGUGCUGGGUCCCCACGGUCUCCGCGGCUCAAACGACAAUGGUCUGCUGCUUCUCCGCACCUGCGCAGAACACCGCCUCAUCCUGACGAGCACCUUCUUCUGUCUGCCGGAGCGAGAGAACGCCACCUGGAGGCAUCAUCGACCGCGCCAGUUGCACCUGCUGGACUAUGUCCUCGUCCGGAGGCGAGAUCAGCGGGACGUGCUGGUGACAAAGGCGAUCGCGGGCGCUGACGGGUGGACCGACCAUCGCCUCGUCAUCUCGAAGAUGCGUAUUCGCCUACAGCCUCGCAGGAGACCACAAGGUAAGCGACCCACAGGUAAGCUGAAUGUUGCUUUGUUGUCGUUGCCCGCUCACCAUCUUCAUUUCAGGAAUGAGCUAGCUCAACGGCUCAGUUUAUUUAGUUCAGUUUAUUUGGUAAGAAUAAUAGGCAAAGCCUUUGAAAACCCUAUUGAUUACAUGUCAGCUCGUUAGAAAUAACUGUACACGAACAAAAAAUAUUCACUAUUAAAACAGUACUUUGUUCAUUUGAGUAGCAUUGUCUCAGAGAAAAUAUUUGUGGGGACCAGGGGUAUUAGUUCGGAUUCAGACCGUCGAGGGAAAACAGGGGACACAAAUAAUCAUCCAAGCGUUUUUUGAAGAGUUGCAGGGAUGUAGCCUCCACGACUGUCUGAGGGAGAUCGUUCCAUUUCUCCACUACCCUCUGCGUGAAAAAUUCAGAACGAAGAUUCAGCCCGAACAUUGUUGUCCGUAACUUCAUCGAGUGACCACGAAGAUUGGGUGAAAGGUGCCACUGAAACAUGUCCUCAAAUUUAAGUCCAUACUCAAGGCCAUGUAUUAUCUUGUAGACGAGAAUAAGAUCACCUCUUUGCUGCCUGUAACACAGAGGGAAUUAAUUAAGGCAAUUCAGUCUGUCUGUGUAGGAAUGGCUUUUUAGACCGUUUACCAGCUUUGUUGCACGCCGUUGUACCCAUUCGAGGCAUGCUUGGUUCUUUACCAGCCAUGGCCGCCAUGCUUGUAUGCCAUAUUCUAAGUGGGGCCGAACAAAUGUGCCGUAAACUCUCCCAAAAAGGUCUUGGUCAAAAUUUACGAAAGCCCUUUUUAUUGCAUGCAGCACUCCCAUGGCGUUUUUUGCAGCCUUGUGGCACUGCAGUGUUGGUUUCAGGUUGUUCUGUAUCCAAACCCCGAGAUCCUUCUGUGAAGAUUCUGCGGGGAGCCUUAUAUCUUUCAGGUGAUACGUCCUCAGACACUCAUUUGAAUGAGAGUUGGUUGGACGCAGAUGAAGGACGGCACACUUCUCCACAUUGAAAUCUAGAAGCCAUUUCUUCGACCACGCUUGCAGUCGGUGCAGAUUAUCUUGAAGGGAUCUCUGAUCAUUCGGACCCUUAAUGACUUGCCAGAGUUUAACGUCGUCUGCAAACAUUAUUUUGCCGCUGUCGAGUUCCUGAAGGCUGUCGUUAACAUAAAGGAUGAAGAGCAAUGGUCCCAGAAGUGAGCCUUGCGGCACACCACUGGUCACAUUCACCCAUUCUGACAUAUCAUCCCCGAUACAGACACGUUGUUUCCGACCAACCAGAAACGCCCUAAUCCAGUUCAGAAGAUCUCCCCGGAUGCCGAUGUCGCUCAAUUUGUGAAGAAGACGUUGGUGUGGGACAGUGUCAAAAGCUUUGUGGAAAUCGAUGUACACGACAUCGACCUCAAAACCCUCUUCUAGAGCCCUGGUCCAGAUUUCCAGACAAGCUAGCAGAUUUGAGAGGCAGGAACGUCCUCUCCUGAAGCCAUGUUGAAAAUCCUGCAAGAUGUUAUUUUCUUCACAAAAUUGCUGUAUAGCGCUUUUUACUAUAGCUUCCAUCGUUUUGCAAGGGAGGCAAGUUAAGCUAAUAGGUCGAAAGCUGCUUGCUGUCAUUCUCCUACCUCCCUUAUGCAAUGGAGACAACCUUCCAGUCGCUGCCGCUGCCGCCGACGCCGCCGCUGCCGAGAACGCCUCCGUGGAGAACCGCUGGUGUCAACUGCGAGACACGGUCCAGUCGACGGCGCUCGCCGUCCUCGGUCGCGCUCACCGCCAACACCAGGACUGGUUCGACGACAACGACGCCGCCAUCAGAAAUCUGCUUGCUGAGAAGAACCGCCAACACAAAUCCUACGUAGAUCACCCCACUGAUGCCACCAAAGCUGCCUUCUACCGCAGUCGCCGCCAACUUCAGCAACGACUGCGCGAGAUGCAGGACGCCUGGACUGCUCACAAAGCUGAGGAGAUCCAAGGGUACGCGGACCGAAACGAAUGGAAGAACUUCUUCUCUGCGAUCAAAGCUGUCUACGGUUUGCCGAAAAAGGGCACUGCUCCUCUCCUCAGCGCCGACGGCAGUACUCUCCUGACUGAGAAGACGCAAAUCCUACAGCGAUGGGCCGAGCAUUUCCGAGGCGUCAUCAACCGCCCCUCCGUCAUCUCCGACGCCGCCAUCAGGCGUUUGCCGCAAGUGGAGACCAACGUGGAUCUCGACUUCCCGCCAUCUCCCCAGGAGAACAUCAGGGCCGUGCAGCAGCUCUCUAGCGGGAAAGCACCCGGAUCGGACGCAAUCCCUGCUGAGGUCUACAAGCACGGAGGUCCCCAACUGAUGGAUCACCUGACUGCGCUCUUCCAAGAGAUGUGGCGUCAAGGUAAAGUCCCGCAAGAUUUCAAAGACGCAACCAUCGUGCACCUGUACAAGCGCAAAGGGAAUCGCCAAGUCUGCGACAAUCACCGCGGCAUCUCCCUGCUGAACAUCGCCGGGACGAUCUUCGCACGAAUCCUCCUCAACCGCCUCAAUAACUGUAGCGAGCGUUAA